GAAGAAGAGUUUGAACGUUUUUGAAAAGAACGUCUAUGAUUAGAACACCUUGCUGCUUCAGUUCUUCAUCAAUUGAGUAACUUAGGUUUCAUAUUUCGUUAUUUUUUCUUUUUUACUAAGCUUAUAAUUAUUAUUUUUGAAUUAAACAAUGUGGAGACCAAACAUAAUUCACCGGAGGUCAAGGUGGCAUCAAAACAACAUGGAUGAGCUGAGGCUAAGGAGGCGAGAGAACGAGAGAGCUUUGAGACAAGACCGCAGAGACAGACAGCUAUUGAGCAAGAGACUCCUGCUGUAUGAAGAGGAGACUGAGGCCACCAUGGAAACAGCAUCCAGAGAGCAGGAUGUGGUCAGUUUGCUCUGCAAACUUCAGCGUAGAGGAUCAGCGAAGGAGAUUCACCUGAAAGCUCUGAGUAAAGUUCUGCGGGACCCAGCAGCACAACUUUCCUUCAUCAAACAGGAGAACAGCGUGCACGUGCUUGUUGGUCUCCUCACUGGCUUUGAUGCUCAGUGUCGUCUGUUGGCGGUCCGCUGUCUUCAUGAGCUGUCUUAUUCUCCCGACACCAAUGUGGCAUCAGCCUGCAUGCCAUCUACUCCCUACUUACUCACCUACUUGUCUGGCCAGACCACCAAAUUCACAGAGAUGUGUCUCUACACUCUAGGGAAUUUAUGUCUAGCCAGUAAAGCUGUGAAAGAAAAACUUUUGGCGCAGGGAAUAAUCCCAGCGCUUGCCAGCUGCAUGGAGAAUCAAAGACACAAUCUUGCAGUGGUGGAGGCAGUUGCUUUUACUCUCUCUCAGCUUCUUCAAACCAGAGAUUCAGUUCAGGAAAUAGUCUCGAUAGUCAUGGCCUCCAGCUUGCCUUCACAUUUGUUGUCCUUCCUGACUCCUGACUCUGAGUUUGGCCUUGGUGCUGCCAUUGAGUGUGCAUGGUGUCUGCACUACCUGGUGUCCAGCUCUGAGGAUCACAGAAAUCUGCUGGCUCGUGGGGCUUUGCUGCACUGCAGUUCCCAGUUAGUGACACUAAGUGUCGCUGUGACUCAAAGAAAACAACAGGAUAAAACAGAGCUGCUCGUCUGUCCUCUGCUGAGGUGUGUUGGAAACCUGCUGUACUUCUGCCCCGUGCAAGAUCUCAGCAAACACGUGGCUAUUAUUCAGCUCGUAGGCGCCCUGUGUGUACUUCUUAACACUUACCAGCACUCCUCGCCGUCCUUGGCCAGAGAGACAGCCUGGGUCCUCAACAACCUCACAGCUCAUUCUACUAAAUGUUGCUCAGCUGUCCUAACUCUCAACCUGGUGUCCUCACUGAUUCAGCUUCUACCUGUUUCUCAAGGCAUCAAUACGAUGGUCCUAAGAAUUUUUGCAAAUAUUGCCCACAAAAGCAAGGAGCUGUGCAUCUGGCUGACACAGCUUGGACUUCUAGCUGCCCUCUGUUCAACUCUUAAAAUGGCUGAUCAAGAGAUGGUGACUCUGAGUCUGGAUGUCUUGUACAUGAUGCAACUCAGUAGUCCUCAGGUAAAACACCAGGUUUUGAGGGAAGGUGGAGCUUCUCUUCAAGAGGUCAUUCAGUGCAACAGUGAAAGAGCUAUAAGGCAGAAAGCUUCAUUACUCAUGGACAAGCUCCUAACCUAGCAACGAUGCACAAUCUUUUUUUCUUAAAAUUAAUUAAAUAAAUACAUUCAAGCCAGUUUAAA